AUGCCGCCUAAACGUGGAAGGGAAACCGCAGCUAGAGUGCAGCCAAGAGUGAGGGCCGAGAGCCCAGUGCGUGAUGAACAGCCGGAAGUCGUGCAUGCCGAUGUAGCUCGAGCAGGAGAGGCUAACGAGAUGGCUAUGUUUGAGCAAUUUCGUCGGUUUCAGGAAUUCAUGCAAAGGGAGCCAAAUUUGAGAGGGGCACAAGGGGUGGUUCCACCGCAGCAGGAUGCGCCACAUCAGGAUGCACCAGAAAGGGUAGUCCCGCCUCAGUACCCAGCACCGCCUCCACCCCCGCCUCCGCCUGUCCAGCUGCAGUAUCUGAAGGAUGAGGCAUUGGUAUGGUGGGAGAAGGUGGUAGACCAGGCACAUGGGCGAUAUGUGCUUACUUGGGAGGAUUUCAAGACUGAAUUCUCAAGGAAGUAUUUUCCCAGAGAAGCUAUGGAUCGUAUGGAGGAGGAGUUUCUAGAACUUCGUCAGGGCACCAUGACUGUGAGGGAGUAUGACCGGGAGUUUGAUCGAUUGAGCAGGUUUGCUGGCAGAUUCAUGAAUGAGGAUGAGUUGAUUCGCAGGUUUCUGAGGGGUUUGAGGAUUGAACUCAAGAAUCGAUGUGAGAUGUAUGACUACCGCGGUAAGAUUGAACUGGUGGAGAAAGCCGCUAAUUUGGAGGUUGGGUUGGAAAAGGAGAUGAGUCAGAACAAGGCAGCACAAGCGAGACUUGCAAAGGGUUCUAGCUCUAAUAAAAGGACUUGGGAUACAACAACUGUGAGAACUCCAUUAAUGUGUUUUGGGUGCAACCAGCCGGGUCAUAUGAAAAAGGAUUGUCCUCAAUCUAGGAUCAUCAGGAGUUGUUACGAAUGCGGUCAAGAAGGACACAUUUCAAAAUUUUGCCCACGAAAAGUUGGGAGACAGCAGGUCGACAAUCGUCCUAGAGAGCAGUUGCCGCCACCUCCAAAACGUCAAAAUGUUGGACCUCGUGUGAUGAUGGCUGAGACCGAGGAGGAUGAGGAAAAUGAGCCGAUCGCUGGAUCGGUUUUAGUGGAAGGCUGGAAUGCUUACACCUUAUUUGAUACCGGAGCCACCCUCAGUUGUGACAAGAAGAUUGGUACUGUUGGGAAGGAAAAAUUGGGUUCUACCGGAGUUCACAAGGAUGUUCCUAUCAUGAUAAACGGAGAAGUAUUGUUUGGGAAUCUUACUGAAAUGGAGGGGAAAAUAACUUUUCAAGGCGUGAAAAUGGGUGAAGGGGUUUCCAUCAUAUCCAUGAUGCAAGCUGAGGAGCUGAUAGAGAAAGGAAACGAUGCUUUUCUAGCUACGAUUUCUGUAGUGGAAGAGGAGAUGGAACUAGGAGUUGAUAAUAUACCUAUAGUGGCAGAGUAUGCAGACGUCUUUGAGUCUUUAAAAGGACCACCACCAAGUAGAGGAGAUGCCUUCACUAUCAAAUUAGAGCAUGGGACGACACCUGUAUCGCGAGCACCUUACCGUCUAGCACCUGCAGAAAUGGCAGAAUUGAAAAGUCAGUUGGAGGACCUUACAGAUAAAGGAUUCAUUCGGCCGAGUAGUUCACCGUGGUGA